CCCAUCCAUUUAAUACCCACUUUAAUUAUCGGAUUCUUAAUGUUAAAUGGAUUAGUAGUGCUCAGUUUAAUGGGUUUAAUGGUAUGGCUACAAGACAAGAAAAUUGUACCAAUAAUUACUUUUGAUCAUUUUAGCAUAGAUUUUUCCAAAAUGCAAAUACCGACUUUUGGUAUAGAUGAUGACUCAUUCCUUUCAGAUCAUGAAAGGGAAUAUCAUGUGAGCCAAGAAUUCACUCAACAAGACAUAGAUGAAAUUAUGUCUGCCAAUCCAUCUUUUGACGAUGAACAAACCAAACAAAUCUUGACAUCAUAUUUAACAACUGACCUUACGCAAUUAAAGACUAAUCUUGUGCUGGUGAACCAUAAUGACUCAUUAGUCAUUAAUUUCAAUGAAAAUGGGGAUUAUGUUGUUGAAAGAUUACAAUUAAAACCUGUGAAUAACACAUGGGAUUUAAAUAAAACCAUAACUUAUAUUCGAGGAAUAGAAGGAAAAAAAUAUCUGUCCAACACAGAGUUAGAAGCUGAAAUUGCAAUAAAGUCCCUCGAUACACUUAAGGACGUUGACACAACACCCAUUUUGGAAGAUGAAGAACUCUAUCAAUGUGCCCUCGAUACU